CCUCCCUCUCUCUCUCUCUCUCUCUCUCUCUCUCUAGCCCUGCGGUGCCUGUGUGUGUACAUAUAAGCACCAUCUCGCCGCUCCAACUUGCGAAGAACACACCGCCCAACACUCUUCUUCUUCUUCUUCUUCUUCUUCUUCUUCUUCCUCCUCCUCUUGGGUGCACGAAUGGAAGGUUUCAAUGCGGGGUCGUCCUCCACCUGCUCCUCCUCCGACUCGGACUCUUCCCUGUCCAACAACGCCGCCGCCGCCGCCAGGCCGGACCGGAUCAAGGGCCCGUGGAGCGCCGAGGAGGACCAGGUCCUGACCCGCCUCGUGGGCCGGUACGGCCCCCGGAACUGGUCCCUCAUCAGCCGCCACAUCCAGGGCCGCUCCGGCAAGUCCUGCCGCCUCCGCUGGUGCAACCAGCUCAGCCCCGCCGUCGAGCACCGGCCCUUCUCCCCCGCCGAGGACGAGGCCAUCCUCGCCGCCCACGCCCGCUACGGGAACCGAUGGGCCACCAUCGCCCGCAUGCUCCCCGGGAGGACCGACAACGCGGUCAAGAACCACUGGAACUCCACCCUCAAGCGGCGGCUCCGGGAACGGCAGCCGGAGCGCCACUCGGGCGGCGGCGGCGGCGCUGGCGGCGGCAGCUCCGGCCCCGCCGGCUGGUGCUGCGCGGGCAACGGCGACGACGAGGACCCUUUGACGGCGUUGACCCUGGGGCCGCCGGGGGGAGCCGGGGACGCGGCGGCCGCGGCGGCGGAGGAGGAGGGGCGGAGGAGGGAGGGGCUGCCGUUGCCGGAGGGCCAGUUCUGGGACGCCAUGAGGGACGUGAUUGCGAAGGAGGUGAAGGAGUACAUGAGCUCAGCCAUGGCCGAGAGCGAAGAGACGGGUGCGGCGUUCCAUUGAAGCGGGGGGGUUUCCUUUCCGUUCAUCUAACCGAGAAAUGAGAAUUAAAAAGUGUAAAUACAAUUCCGAUAAAUAUGUGGUACGAAGGUGUACGACGUUUCCAAAAUUUUUAUUUACCGAAGCUGUAGUUUAACUUAAUUAAUACUGCUUUUCCUU